UUAAGACAAGUACUUAGUACUUUGCCGACCUUUUCCGACAGACAGCCACGUUCGCGUGUUCUGGGUGGAAACGAGUGUACAAAAACGCCUUACAUGUGAAAUUCAGGUUUCACAGCUGGCAGGAAGACAUAAGUUGUACAGACAGAGGUCACGUCAGUUCAAUGGUAAACUCUAGAUCUCAGACCCGGAAGUAUGUGAAACAUGGCUGCACGGCAAGGGGUUCAGAAGUACUUCUUCUACAUUAAGCAGAAAGUGGCCGCUGACUGGAAAGACUUGGCCCACUUGUUAGGCUUUGACAAGCCAGAUAUCGGAAACAUAGAGGGCAGGAACCGUGAUGACAGGUCCCGCUGUAUGGACAUGUUAGAAGAAUGGAAAAAGAGAAAUGGAAACGCCGCCACUAUAGGGGUCCUGAUGGAGGCUCUGUCUGAGGCCGGCCAACAGGACGUUCUGCAUGGAUUGAAGAAUAAAUAUCCUGAGCUGGCUACACAGCAGGAGACUGGAGGGCAACCUCAACGGCAGACAGCACUUCAACCUCAGCAAAACAGAAGGGGACAACCUGUGAGCUCCCACCACACAACCCAACCGAAGCAGGCGACAAGGGGACAACCUCCAAGUGGACAACCUCAGUACGGGGCAACCGAGCAACCUAUGAGCUCUCAUGACACAACACAACCUACGCAGGAGACAUGGGAUCAAUCCUACUCAGACACGAGUAGGCAACCCCAACAAGAGACGGCGGGGGCGUCAUCAACCGGGGAAGCAACGUAUGCAUCGGACUGCCCUGUAUGCCCCAACGGCCCGAAAAAGCUCUUCAUCGUCCACAGCGGCGAAGACAAGGACUCCCUGGUGGACCCGCUGGCUCACGAGAUCGUAGGCCAAGGAGUUCCCAUGGAACACGUCUUCUACGAUAAGUGGUCUAUUGGUUACACUCAGGGUAUCAAGCAAUCAAUCAACUCGGCUAUUCAAGAUAGUUGCUGUAAGCUUGCUGUUGUAGUGCUUAGCGAAGACAUGAUGAAGAAAUACUGGCCUAGGAAAGAGAUUGAGGACUUUUUGAUGCGAAGGAUAAGAUUUUUCCCUAUUUUCUAUGGCGUGGAACCUGAGGAGGUUAGGAAAGAUUAUUCGCCAACGCUGGCUGACAAACGUGGGGUAGUAAUACCUAAAACGGGGUGCAGGGUGGAUGACAACUUGAUAGCAGGAACUGCCAGUAGCAUCCGAAAGAUCCUUCGGGAUCUCUAGGCAGUAGCCUGGUAUGGCUAACGUCACAUUUCGAAAACGGGGCCCGGCCUGUUUAUAGAAACGAAAAAUAGAUAUGUAGACGGAAAAAUAUACACAAAUAAUGCCGACGACUAUUCUGUUUUCGGCUUGUGUAGUUCGGUGUCUUUUAUGUCAUAUUUUUUGUUACCAAAAGCUGCCCGGCCGGGUCCCGGUAUGGAAAUGUGACGUAGACCUAUCCACAGUCAUUAUAGCUGCCGAGCUUCUCAACCCCUUACGCAAAUGGUAAGUUAUGAGAGACUCGGCAGGUAAAAUAUGUUUGGAUUAAACUAGCUAUAGACAGGGCCGGUCUAGGGGGAUAUGGAUCAAAGAAUUCUGUAAAAAAAAAGGAGUAGUUGACCAGGAAAGUCAGUCAACGGUAAAGUUACACCCCCCCCCCUCACCCCCUAGGUUACAAGCUAUAUUCGCCUUGCCGGCUAACUCCUCUUGCAAGUUAUCCUAAGUUAGUUUAUAUUUGGCCAAGUUCUAUCAAUUUUGAAGCGACCUGUGAAGCAUGGUAGAUACUUUGUUUGGUAACCUUGAUACUAGACAGGUACUAUUGCCCGCUGGUUGUCACUGAAUAUAUCGUUUUCUUUGAUGUUUCUUCUCCUGCAAAUACUAGCAAAUAGUCUACUGAUAGUGUCUGUUUUUAUGACAAGAUCAGACAGGGAUUGAGGACCAAUUUCUAUUAUUCAAACAGGCAUUAGUUAGAACUAGAGAGAUAGAGAGAGAGAAAUUGAGAUAGAACAAUUCUAUCCAUUGUGUAUGAUAUGCAACAGAACAAGGAGAAAGUUAUUGCAUGACAAUUGUAAUGGAUACAAUGUGUGGCAACUUGUACAUACAAAACCGUUGAACUACAUGAGUUGCUAGUAUCUAACAAUUCUAAGGAACUGUUCUAAUUCAUGGAUGAAAAUAGUACAUAUAUAAAGUAAAAACAAACAUGAUCGAUGGUCUCGCUGGUGUUGAUCUACCAAUCCAAAGUCUUUCCUCUGUAAGGAAAAUAUCGUAAUUUUAUACGAUCUUUUAUUAGCUUUUUAAUUGAAGCAAUAGUAAAAAGCUAAA